AUGUCCACAGAGGAGAUCUGUUUGGGACUUCGCCGUAUUAUUGCUCGCCAUUCGACACCGAAGCUGAUAUUAUCAGAUAAUGCGCCACAAUUCAAAGCUGUAAAGCAAGCAUUCGAUAUCAUCUUUACCCAUGAAUGGUCAUGGAAAUUCAUCCCAGCCCAUUCCCCAUGGAUGGGUGGUGUUUACGAAAGGAUGGUCGCAUUAAUGAAGAAUUCGUUGCUGAAAACGUUCCAUAACGUUGCAUUAUCCGAAUCGUUGCUACGUACAGCAUUAGCUGAAAUAGCUGCCACUUUGAACGAUCGUCCGCUAACCUACGUUGUUAAGAACGAUCUAGACGAGAUAAUAACGCCGAAUCACUUUUUGAAAUCAUAUUUCACCGUCAACGAUAUACCAGAGCAAGCUGAAGCAAACGCAACGCCAGCCGCAGCGCAUACGAUCAAGCUCUUUAAACAGAGCAAUGAAAUAACUAAUCGAUUUUGGGCUGUUUGGAGAACAGCUUACCUGCAACAUCUUCGAGAACGGGGAUUUUCACCGAAUGCAAAAUUCCCAAAAGCCACUACGAAACAGCCGCCAAGCGUAGGUGACGUUGUCAUUAUCGUAGACGCGUUACGUAAACGAAACAACUGGUCCCUAGCUAGAAUCGUCGAACUUGUAUACAGCCAAGAUAACGAAGUCCGAAGCGCCAAACUCCGUACAAAAAAUGGAGUAAUUAUUCGUCCGAUCAGUGAUCUCUGUCCUGUUGAAUUAGCUGCAGCGCAGAUUCCUGAUUCCGAACCGCAGCCAACAUCAGACGACGUAGAUAAUGACGAAGUGCCGCCGGAAGAGAAUAUUACUCCACCGGAAGCGGCCAUAAACGAAUUCGAUGAACCGAAGGAUGAUUGGGACGAUCCCAUCAUCACCGUAGAGGAAAUCUCCGACGACAACGACGACUAG